UUCCGUGUUUGUUGCUGUAUCUUCAGUUUGGUGAUGGAGCCUCAACGGCAGAUCUACAAAAGACUGGACAUCCCGGAUCAUGUGCAUUACAUCAUCGCCUUCGUCAUCCUCAUCAUCGGCACUUUGGGAGUCACGGGCAACACUUUGGUCAUGUUUGCCUUCUACAGUAAUAAAAAGUUGCGGAGCCUGCCAAAUUAUUUCAUAAUGAACCUGGCGGUCAGUGAUUUCCUCAUGGCCAUCACACAGUCUCCAAUGUUCUUCAUCAACUGCUUGUUUAAGGAGUGGAUGUUUGGGGAGCUGGGAUGUAAAAUAUAUGCAUUCUGUGGUGCGCUGUUUGGCAUCACCUCGAUGAUUAACCUGCUGGUCAUCUCUAUCGAUCGAUACCUGGUCAUCACCAAACCGCUGCAGACCAUCCAGUGGAACUCCAAACGCAGAACCUCUCUGGCCAUCCUGUGCAUCUGGAUCUACUCGCUGGCCUGGAGUCUGGCACCUCUGAUUGGCUGGAGUUCCUACAUCCCUGAAGGUCUGAUGACAUCCUGCACGUGGGACUACGUCUCACCUUCUCCCAGCAACAAGAGUUACACCAUGAUGCUGUGCUGUUUCGUCUUCUUCAUCCCUCUGGCCAUCAUCCUCUACUGUUACCUGUUCAUGUUCCUCUCUGUACGAAAGGCCAGCAGAGAUCUAGAGCGGCUGAGCACUCAGAAGUCCAGUCUUGUGAAGCAGCAGUCCAUGAGGAGUGAAUGGAAACUGGCUAAAAUAGCAGCUGUGGUCAUAGUGGUGUAUGUGCUGUCCUGGGCUCCCUACGCGUGUGUCACCCUCAUCGCCUGGGCAGGGCAUGCAGGCAUCCUCACACCCUACUCUAAAACACUGCCUGCGGUCAUCGCCAAAUCAUCUGCCAUCUACAACCCUUUCAUAUACGCCAUAGUUCACACCAAAUACAGAGCCACAUUGGCUGAGAAGGUCCCAGGUUUGUCCUGCCUGUCUCGUGUUCAGAAGGACUGUCUCACCUCUUCCACCAAUAGUGAUGCCUCUGUCCAGGACACCAGCAUCAGCAGACAGUCAUCAGUCUCCAAGAACAAACUCCACAAAACCACCGCCAACGACUCCAGUACUAUGGUAAUGGGAGAAACGGAGCUAAAUCUGAUGGUGAACAGGUCCAACUUGACUAAAGUGUCAUUUAGAAACUUAACGAGACAACGGAUCCUCAAAUGCUCCUCGCUGCUGAUAGAGAAGCCUCCGGUUCAGAUGAGAGAGUCGUUCAGUCUAUGCGAGCGAGAUCUCGUCUCUGGUUCCCUCGCCAUGGCAACAGCACCAACGGUCAUUUACACUAAGAAGAGCAGGAGUGCUGACAUGACCUCUGACCUCUCAUUUAACCCUAAGAACGACUCUUUGACCUGGAGCUCCUCAGACGCUCUCACAAUCAUCUUCAGUCCAGCUCCAGAGAGCAACAUGAGAGAAGAUACAGCAUGA